AAGAAAUAUAAAGCAUGUGAAUUAUGUUUUAAAGUCAUGCCCCUUUUGGAUUUACUUUCUAACAUUUACUAAUUAUUAACCAAUACAAAUACAAUCACCUGAUGGGUCCACUAAUAAUGCACGUCGCGUGGUGCAUUCAUUGUCGCGUGGUGCAUUUUUGGAACUAGUAGCAUAGAAGCAAAGAUGACAAUUACUAGCCAAAAAGGAUUUCCAAUUAUAAUUUUAAUAUGUGGAGUAGCAGGGACAACUUUGUUAUGCUCGUUGCUUGUUGUGUUUUUACCAAAAGAUGCUCUUCCGGAAUCACAUAUUGACCAAGAACAAGAAAAAGCGGGCGACCUGCCAUGCGCAUCUCGAAUGUACAACUCGGAUUCGGUUGUGUGCGUGUGUAACUCUACUUACUGCGACACAAUUUCUGAGGUUCCUGUAAUACCAAGCGGACAAGCCAUAACAUAUACGUCUUCUAAAAGUGGUCUGAGAUUUGCAAAACAAACCUUGAACUUUCAAAGCGGAACACCGUCAUCCGGCAGGAACCUCAUAGUCAACACCACAGACCGAUUUCAGAAACUAAUUGGUUUUGGUGGAGCUUUUACUGACGCUGCUGGAAUUAACAUAGCCAGUCUAUCUAGUGAAGCACAGAACUAUUUUCUGCGUUCGUACUUUUCAGAUCAAGGUAUAGGCUUUAAUAUGGGCCGAAUACCAAUGGCUAGCGUCGACUUUUCUACACAUUUAUAUACUUAUGCUGACCAACCAAACGACUUCGAAAUGAAAAACUUUAGCUUAGCAAGUGAAGAUUUUCAAUACAAGAUUCCUUACAUUAAAAAGGCUGUGGAAAUGAGCAACAGAACAAGUUUUCGUCUAUUCGGUAGCCCAUGGAGCGCCCCUGCUUGGAUGAAGACAAAUAAAGCGCUUAUCGGAAAAGGAAGUCUUAUUGGAAGAGCCGGGAACAAAUAUCAUAAAGCAUGGGCUUUGUAUUUUGCCAGAUUUCUCGAAGAAUACAAAGCAAAUGGAGUGGAUAUUUGGGCGGUCACAGCUCAGAACGAACCGAUAGACGGCCUAGCAAGAAACUUCAGUUUUCAAUGUAUGGGGUGGACAGCUGAACACCAGAGGGACUUUAUUAAAACUGAUUUGGGUCCAACCCUUCAUUCUCGAGGCCACGGCGACGUCAAAGUAAUUAUUGGGGACGACCAACGCCUGGUAUUUCCAAGAUGGGCCGAAGUUGUUUUAAAUGACACAUCGGCAUCGCAAUACGUAUCUGGAAUAGGCGUACACUGGUACAUGGAUUGGAUUCUGCCAAUAUCAAGAAUAAGCGAUACACACAAAGCAUUCCCAGAUUACUUUAUCUUAGGCACUGAAGCUUGUUCUGGAGCAAUGCCAUUCCAACCCGAUAAAGUUAUUUUAGGCAGUUGGACAAGAGGACAACGCUACAGCAUGGAUAUUAUACAGGAUUUAAACCACUGGGUUGCCGGAUGGGUCGAUUGGAACUUAGCACUAGAUUUGGAAGGAGGACCGAACUGGGUCAAAAAUUUUGUUGACGCUGCUAUUAUCGUGAACGCUGAAAGUGACGAGUUUUAUAAACAGCCGAUAUUUUAUCACCUCGGCCAUUUCAGCAAAUUCUUGCGUGAAGAUUCGGUCCGAAUAUCUCUUCAUGAGGAGAACGAAGAAAGCAGUUUGAAACACGUUGCGUUUAUUGAUGAUGAAAAAUCAAUCGUAACGAUCGUUCUUUUAAACACCUCUCAACAAAACCAGACGAUCAAUGUUAUUUAUGACAAGUUUUACGUGCGCACAGAACUACCAGCAGAUUCCAUUCAAACUGUUGUUUUCAACUCUCUGUAAAAACCAUUUUCUGUGUAAGUGAACGUAUUUGUUUUAGACAAUGCAACCAGCAUGAGUUGCGGAACAUUUUCACUAAUUACACAACCCAACAACUAUA